CAUGAGGCGAAUGAGAACAUGGCAUAUGAGAUGAUUCAGACCGGAGAUAGCGCAUACACAGCCCUCAAACUCGGUCCAUCCCACUCAUCCAUCAUUGCUCCUGAAAACGUGGCGUUUUUCACCAGACUCGGUUCAAUCGGACGGGGUGACUUCGGCGAGGUAUGGAAGGGUGAAUUCCGCUCGAAUCAAAGUCGAGCAGACGUUGCUAUCAGGCAGAUUCCAGAUCAAGUGACCAAAUCAACCAACGUUCUUGAAGCUGUCAAGGUACUUUCUGAGCUAGCGGAUCAGCCAAAUGUUGUCACAUGCCUGGGAUAUUGUCAAGAACAAGCCUGUUGA